AGAUAGUAAUGAUAUGUCUUCCUAACUAGAACUUUAUAGUAGUGCUCUACUAGAUUUAUCUCUAUUUUAUUAACAUCAAGACUGCAGAAUAACACCGUCUUAAGAAAUAACAGCGUAGUGUCACAGAGGGAAAGGAAAUGUAGGAUGCCAAUGUGGGGAUAAAUUUCUAAUUGCCAAUGAUUGUUGUGAAUAUAGUGAUAUUUUCCUGAACAUUAAAGCUUCUGUUGUAGGUAGCUACAGUAAUAAAGAAAAAAGUUGUCUUGAAACUUUAAAAUGUCAUUGUUGUACACGAUAAUACGACAAAGUAAACAAAAGAAAAAUUUUAAAUAUUGUUUUAAAAAACAUUAAGGGAGAGGCACGAGGUUGCUUAUUAUUAAGUGCUUACAGAGUCGGAUGCAUUUUCAAAGCUGGUUACAAUCAUUACCACAGCACACCCUUGUGAGGAGCGGUUGUGCGAUCAGAUCGAUCUAAGAUGGCGACUGUGGAACCGGAAACCACCCCUACUCCUAAUCCCCCGCCUUCAGAAGAAGAGAAAACAGAAUCUAAUCAGGAGGUUGCUAACCCAGAACACUAUAUUAAACAUCCUUUACAGAACAGAUGGGCACUCUGGUUUUUUAAAAAUGAUAAAAGCAAAACUUGGCAAGCAAACCUUCGGCUGAUCUCUAAGUUUGAUACUGUUGAAGACUUUUGGGCUCUGUACAACCACAUCCAGUUGUCUAGUAAUUUAAUGCCUGGCUGUGACUACUCACUUUUUAAGGAUGGUAUUGAGCCUAUGUGGGAAGAUGAGAAAAACAAACGAGGAGGACGAUGGUUAAUUACAUUGAACAAACAGCAGAGACGAAGUGAUCUGGAUCGCUUUUGGCUAGAGACACUGCUGUGCCUUAUUGGAGAAUCUUUUGAUGACUACAGUGAUGAUGUAUGUGGAGCUGUUGUUAAUGUUAGAGCUAAAGGUGAUAAGAUAGCAAUAUGGACUACUGAAUGUGAAAACAGAGAGGCUGUUACACAUAUAGGGAGGGUAUACAAGGAAAGGUUAGGACUUCCUCCAAAGAUAGUGAUUGGUUAUCAGUCCCAUGCAGACACAGCUACUAAGAGCGGCUCCACCACUAAAAAUAGGUUUGUUGUUUAAGAAGACACCUUCUGAGUAUUCUCAUAGGAGACUGCGUCAAGCAAUCGAGAUUUGGGAGCUGAACCAAAGCCUCUUCCAAAGCAGAGUGGACUGCAUUUAAAUUUGAUUUCCAUCUAAAUGUUGCUAAGAUAUAAGAGAAGUCUCAUUCGCCUUUGUCUUGUACUUCUGUGUUCACUUUUUUUUUUUUUUUUUU